AGAAAAGGGGAGAGAGGGAGAGACAGAGAGAAAGGAGAGGGAGUAAAGAUGAAGGAAUAUGAAGAGGAGUCUGGGAAACGGAAAAUGGGGCGCAUGAUGGUCGCGCAUUUAUCUCUGGGGCGCUUCUGCAUGUGGUAGUGUCAGUCUCCAUAUGUUGUCUUGGGAGGGACAAGGAGAAAGGGAGAGGGAGGUUGUCACAGUGUCAGUCAAUUUCAAUUUCAAAGAGAGAGGGGGGAGACCAGAGAGAGAGUGUUGGUGAGGGAGAGAGCUACCCUUUUCGACCUUUUCACUGUGGCCGCUAAACUCCCCCGCUCUUUACAGCGAAUACAAUGAUGCCCAUCUCACGAUAUCCUCCGCUUCUCCCUCCUUAUUGUCUCCGUCCUCUUCUAAUUCAAUCCAUCCCUUUCUCUCCCUUUUCGCUUCGUUUGUUGCUUCUUCUUCGUACUACCGUGUAAAAUAUCAAAGUUCACCUCUCCUCUCCUCCUUUAAGCUACAGCCAUCCUCGCGCGCAUGCGCCACUGCUCCGCUCCUCACGCUCGUUUUUCUUCAUCUCUUCUUCAUCCGCGUUUUCCUCGGUUGCCCAGUGGAGAAAAAGCGAAUUUCCUGUGGGUAUUAUGAGGGGAGGUCGAUGGUCCUUGUGUGGGAUGAUGCCAUGAUGAAGGUUCUGUGGUUGUCUGGACGGAGUGAGUAAGUUGGUUGCAGGUAUUGUCUGUGGUUGAGUGGAUUCUCGAUCUGUUGUGCCUACCAAUUUGCGGAAAACCCCUUUUUGGCGUUGCCGGUGUUGCCGGUAGGGCAGGGCAAGGCGCACAAUGAGGGAUUUCCCUUCUUGUUUCGGGGAGAACGGCGUUCAGAUUGCCGAUUCCUCGUCGUCGUCGUCGUCGGGCGGCCGGCAGACGGCGCAGAAUUUGGUCACCUGCGUGUACCAGAGCAAGCUCUGUGGUCGCUCUUGCUUGAUAACGGUCACAUGGAGCAAGAGCCUCAUGGGUCAAGGACUGAGCGUGGGCAUAGACGACGCCACGAGCCAGUCCGUCUGUAAGGUCGACAUCAAGCCCUGGCUCUUCUCCAAGAGGAAAGGAUGCAAGACCCUCGAGGUCGACGGCCGGAACAAGGUCGACAUCUACUGGGAUCUGUCGUCGGCGAGGUUUGGCUCCGGGCCGGAGCCUCUGGACGGCUACUACCUCGCACUCGUCGUCGAUUGCGAGAUGUUGCUCCUCCUCGGCGAUCUGCGCAAGGAGGCGUACCGGAAGACGAACGCCGGGUCGCCGGAUUCGAGCCCCUUGUUCGUGGCGAAGAGGGAGCAUAUAUUCGGCAAGCGGGUAUACUGCACGAAGGCGCAGUUCUGCGACAAUGGACCGGUGCACGACGUCGCCAUUGAGUGCGAGAUGGAGGGUCUCGGUGACCCGUGCCUGACGAUCCGGAUCGACAAGCGGAUUGUGAUGCAGGUGAAGCGAUUGGCGUGGAAAUUCCGUGGAAACCAGACGAUCCUAGUCGACGGUUUGGCUGUUGAGGUCUUCUGGGAUGUGCACAAUUGGCUGUUCACUCAGAGCGCAGGGAGUGCAGUGUUCAUGUUUCAGACCUCCCUCUCUGCAGAGAAGUUGUGGUCGAGCCAGAACUUCUCCGAUUCUUCGGCCGCAUUGCGGUGGUCCGGAUCGCAAACGAUCAGGGAAAGGCAGGCAUCAGGCUUCUCGCUUAUUUUGUAUGCGUGGAAGAAUGAGUAGAGUUGUGGUUUUGGAGGAGGAUUCAUUGCCUGCGCUCAAUCCUGCCAUCCUCUCCUGAUUUGAUGCUAACAGAAUGUUUUUAGUGAGUGAUUGUUACCUAUUUCUCUUGUGUUUGGAGGAUUCACGCGCUAUGGGUGGUUAACAUAUUCGGGCGGACAAUUUGUGUUACUCUUAUGACUUGUUGAGGCAUGAGAAACAACAUGUCUAAUGGCCAGAUCAAUAUAAUGGGAGCGGGAUUCACUUGGGUAUGAAAUUGGUGACCAGGCCUUCCUCUGCCCUUUCAGGCUUGUCACACUGUUGUUGAAGUCGUCAUAAACUUUGAUGAUCAUACAUUUGCAGAGAGUUCAUUUCAAGCUUCUUAGCAGUUUCUAUUAAGUAGUAACUACGUCAAAUGGGUACUUUAUUUUUGCUUCGGUUUUGUAUCUCCUGAUAUCAACUAAUCAAGUUGAAAAGCUUCGCAAGUAACAACCACAUCUGCAGCCGCACCCAUGUGAGAGUGGCUGACAAAGAAGUCAAAACUCACGAGACCAGCAACAUGAGAUGUUCAAGUAUUACAGGAAGAGCAAAGCUUGAGGCUUUUCCCUUCCUUUUGGUGAAAGGGAAGAGCUUAAAGUUUGGAAAUAAAGUAGCAGGCCUAAUGAGCUGAUUUAGAAGGUGGAGGCAGCAGAACUUGAUCUCAAAACCUCUUCCUUUCGAGCCAAACGCUUGUACCAUUUAGAUGCUUCACAUUGCCCGAUCUAAAAUAUAUUCAAAGCAUUCGCUUGCUAUUUAAUUAGUCUUAAGAGAAGGAGAGGGGGAGGUGCAAAACGCCACCAGUUUGCUUUCAGUUUAUUAAUCCUGUUUUGUGGUUCAAAUUUCAAAAACUGCUGCUAAAGCUGCGCACAGGCCAGGGAGCAAGUGAUUUUAUAGUUCCCAACUCUGUAUUUCAGCCUGGCACAGGUGUGUCAUCUGAUACUUCCACAUUAGUUUAUGUUGACGUCCAGCGGCACGCUUCUGUUAUGUUAAGAAGCACAUCUCAUAUUUUUAUAACAUUUCAAGACCAUGCUUGCUUUUCUUUAUGUCAAAAUUCGUCCUAAUUAUGCCAACUAUAUCUCCGUCAACCUGGCCAGAUGUUUUAACUUAAAGACGAUGUUCAAAAUGCUAAAUCAUUCAAUUCUAAUAAAGGUCUGGCAUUGGUUUUUGUCCUCGCUGUUAAUUUUGCAUCGGCAUUAACAAACAAUUUCUCUGUCGUCAAGUGUCUAUCUUCAAAUCGAAAAGUUCCUUUUUCAUGACAAUUUGAAUCGACUGGUGCACGCUCGAUCGAUGUGCAUGUGGUUCUUCUAAUCGAUGUUGUAUGUUAGUCCUUUCCUAGCAGCCUAUUGUACGUGAAACAAUCAUUGAGGUGGGAGUCGUGCCUAAUUAUUGACCUUCAUGAAACAUUGGGAAAUUAAAAACGGGUAAUUACUCAUGGUAUCACUUUUGUGCAUUAAAUGUUCUUAAUGAUGUUAGACUAAGAUGCUCCAAGUUGCAGUUUUGAAUUACUUGGUUUGGGAGCCUUGAGUUGUUGUCCCGCUCUCGAUUAUAUAUUAUUAUUAUUAUUAUUAUUAUUGUUGUUGUUGAUGUUGUUGUUGCUAUUGUUUGAAGAAAGUUUAAGUCAUUCCUAUAUGACGUUUCAAAAUGUGGGUCCUUAGUUCCAGAUUGCUCCUCGUUGGUGCCAGCAAAGUGGCUGAAACGCCUCCAUUGUUGAUUUUAUUAUCAGCAUUGUGCACGAAGAAUCCAACAGAUUGUCGUCUUAUGCUUGAAUGUUGUGUUUUCCUUUUCUUCGUCUUGCGGGUGGCUGAUAAGCAGGGGACUUAGCGUAAAAGCAGUAGUUCUCCGUCUACAGAGUUGCAUGGUUCCUUCAUUUUCUGCAGUUCUUCAUCUCCAACAUUUAGAAAGCAUGGGGUUCUUCCAACACAUGUGAUUUCAGGUGAGCAGCAGAGAAUCCCACCACCGGAGUGAGCGGCCGAAGCCUCCUCUCCUUCCCUCUGCUCCUAGGGUCUAGAGCUGCAUGGCAGACUUGUGAUGUACCACUUGCUUGAUAACGUGGAGAGUGAGUCCCUCCUCCUCCUUUACGUGCCUGAUUAGUGGCUGACAUUCAGAAGAAUCAUCAUGUCUGAAGACGCCAAUGUGACAUUGGCCUUUCAUGGUCUCCCUUACUGCUAGUUGAGCAAAGAUGGGUCAUUUUCUUUAUAGUUCGGCAGGCAUGCUUCGGUUUGAUGGUUGGUUCUGCUGCUGCUAGUUGAGCAAAGAUGGGUCAUUUUCAUUAUAGCUUGCAGGCCUUGCUUUGAUGGUGAACAGUGAGUCCUGCUGUUUUUCAUCUUUCCCUUCGAUUUGGACAAAGAAAGGUGGGUUGUCAUGAAGGGGCAGAAUACUUCCAAUUCUGUGUAAAGGAGUCGCCUUUAUGGGCUGUGAACUGAAUAAUUUUGGCGUUGGGCUGAGUCAUCCUCUUUGUUGAUUUAUAUUCUUGCCAGCUGCUGCCUGGUCCAUCUCCUCGGGCUCUGUUUUGUGGAACCUCUCAAUCUCCUUGGCUUAUAGCCGCGGCCUGCCCUUCCAAUUCAAAGGCCUUUUGCCCUUAUUCGUGGACCACGCCACUUGGGACCACGCUCCAUAUAUGCCUUCCUCUCUCUCAGCCCGACAUGACCCUACACA